AUGAAAAACUCUAUAAAACCUUUUCUAAAUAUAUUGUUAUUUUUAAAAAUCUUUGUCAAUGAGACGAUAAUAGUUCAAAACUUAAAAAAUUUUGAAGAAAAGCUCUCAAUUGAGAUCAAUAGAAAUAUGUUCACGGAAAUUCUAAGUUUUGGGGAAGUGAAAAAUCACGAUAAAAUAGAAUAAAGGGAAGAGAAGUUAUUAAAUGCAUUAUAAGAUAUAAAAAUUCUUUAAUGAGAUAUAAAGGUAACAGAAGAUAUAUACAAAAAAAAUCAUUAGCCACCUCUCAAUCUUAAAACUAAGUGGAGAGUUGAUUCCUAUUAAAAAUUAUAGUUAGUAUUCUCCAUAUAUGUAACACAAUUUUAUAUUUCCUCUAUUCCUUAAAUUUCAG